CCGCAAAUCCAAAGAAGGACACAAGAGCGGCACCGCGCCAACAAGAGGACAUUCGACAGAUUGCGCCUUUCAACUUCACUUUUAUUUUUUCCCCCCUCACCAACACUGACGGGGCGCCGCCAUGAGAUCCCGCGUUUUGCUGCUGUGUCUGCUGUGGUGCUGCGGCACCGUGCGGCGAGGAUGGAGCCUCCCUCUCAAGUCGCUCCAUGUCAUCUUUCCGGGAGACAUCAUCAAAAACAUGACUGAUAUGGAGCUGGCAAAAAGUUACCUGACCAAGUUUGGCUACAUGGAGAACCUGCAGCGCAGCGGCUUCCAGUCCAUCGUGUCCACCACCACGGCCCUGAAGAAGAUGCAGCAGCGGCUGGGUCUGGAAGAAACGGGCCAGCUGGACCCGCCCACCCUGGAGGCCAUGAAGCAGCCGCGCUGCGGCCUUCCCGACGUGGCCAACUACAAAACGUUUGACGGGGACGUCAAAUGGGACCACAACGACAUCACUUACAGGAUCUUGAACUACUCUCCAGACUUGGACAUCUCCUUGACUGAUGACGCUUUUGCGAGAGCUUUCAAGGUCUGGAGUGACGUCACCCCGCUGACCUUCACGCGUCUCUAUGAAGGGACGGCGGACAUCAUGGUGUCCUUUGGAAAAGGCGACCACGGAGACCCUUACCCCUUCGACGGCAAGGAUGGCCUCCUGGCACAUGCGUACCCCCCCGGCCAGGGGAUACAGGGAGACGCCCACUUCGAUGACGAUGAAAACUGGACGCUGGGAAACGGACCAGUGUCCAAGACUCGCUACGGGAACGCCGAAGGUGCCCUGUGCCACUUCCCCUUCACUUUUGAGGGCAAAUCUUACACGACGUGCACCACCGACGGCCGCUCGGACAACCUCCCCUGGUGCGCCACCACGGCCGAUUUCGGCCGCGACAAAAAAUACGGCUUCUGUCCGAGUGAACUUCUGUACACUUUUGGAGGGAACGCCGACGCCGCCCCCUGCGUCUUCCCGUUUGUCUUCCAAGGGAAGGAGUACAGCAAGUGCACCACGGAGGGCCGCCAAGACCGCAACCGGUGGUGUGCCACCACAAACAACUUCGACCAGGACAAAAAAUACGGAUUCUGUCCCAGUCAUGACACGGCUGUAUCCGGAGGGAACUCGGAGGGGGAGCCGUGCCACUUUCCCUUCACCUUCCAGGGUCAAGUGUACGACGCGUGCACCAGCGACGGGCGCGGCGACGGCAGGCUGUGGUGCGCCACCACCGCCAACUACGACGACGAUAAGAAAUGGGGCUUGUGUCGGGAUAAAGGUUACAGCCUGUUCCUGGUGGCCGCCCACGAGUUUGGCCACGCGCUGGGACUGGAUCACUCCAACGUUCGACAGGCGCUCAUGUACCCCAUGUACUCCUAUGUGGAGAACUUCUCCCUGCACAAAGACGACAUUGCGGGAAUUCAGUAUCUCUACGGGCGCAGGGAAGGCCCCCUUCCCACACCCCCUCGGCCCACCACCACCACGGCUGCCCCUCGGCCCACGACCACGACCGCCCCAACACCUUUUGCGGCCGCGUGUCAAUACAGGCUCGAUAUGAAGACGCAGACGGUUGAAAGGGGCUACCCACGAUACAUCCACACUGCCUUCGGAGGCGUGCCCAGCGAGCCUCACGAUGUCUUCCAGUUGAACGGCUACACCUACUUCUCCUGGGAUCGCUUCUACUGGCGCAUGACGCCCAGCAAGCAGGUGGACCGCGUGGGCUACGUCAAAUACGACCUGCUGCCGUGCUCCGACUCUUGAAGCGCGUGCGCGCACUCGCUCAGGAUGGGAUGGCAGCGCGCUUGGAAUCGGGGGGAGCGGAAAUCAGUUGCUUACGGGCGCUGCCUGAUGACUUCCCGGGUUAUUCGUUGGCCGGCCGUCGCUGGUGUGACACAAUAUUGGCCCUUAAACGCAUGUAAAAGAGCGCAGCACUUGAUGUGAUCAGAUGUGAUAUUACGAGAGAAUAAUGGCCAGCAUUGGAGGCCAAUUCGCUCAAGGCCACUGGGUCCAAUUCUGGUUUGAAUAAUUUAUAUCUCAAAUGUCUGACAGGUGCAGACUUUUAACAGUAUUUGAUUGUUUUGCCAUCUGUAGUAUUCUCCUAUUGUGUGUUUUUAAAAAGUUGUCUUUCUGGUUUUUUUUUGUGGCUUUGAAGCCAUUAUUUGCACUGAAUAACAAUGCAUGGCUCUUUCACUUUAAAUUAUUGAUGUGUUGUUUUCUUUUUUUUUACUUUCAAUUCAAUAAAUAUUCAGCUUAAUACCAAC